UGCACAUCUCAGACUAAUUCUUAUCAUUAUCAUGGAGCCCAACAGUCCCAAAAAGAUACAAUUUGCUGUACCUCUAUUCCAGAGUCAGAUUGCACCCGAAGCAGCAGAACAGAUAAGGAAAAGAAGACCCACACCAGCAUCACUUGUGAUUCUCAAUGAACAUAACCCCCCAGAAAUAGAUGACAAGAGGGUGACCAACACACAAGCAGAAUCACAGAAUGCAUCCCCUAAGCAAAGGAAGCAGAGUGUGUACACACCACCUGCCAUGAAAGGGGUUAAACAUCUGAAAGGCCAGAAUGAAUCAACAUUUCCUGAAGAAGAAGAAGGAGUAAACGAAAGAGAUGAGCAUUGGGACCAUUAAUUUCGGGUCUGCAGCAAGAAAGCUUCCUGGGAAUAACUGAACUAUUAACUUUUCUGAAUCUCCCAUGAAGCAUCACUGCUCAACUUCCAGAAGCUUUCUACAAUUCUGCUC